UUAUCGUUCUUCCUCCAGUGAGAACCCUUCUGUCCUUCGGGUCCAAACCCCGGCUUAAUUCAUCAACAGUUGGUAUUAAUAUCAGUGACAUCAGAGGGUUUCUCACGCAGCUCUUGUCUGAGAGAGCACUCCGACCCAUCUAUUAUUCUGUAAAGAGAUGAAGAGGGAUGUAUGAGAGAGAGAGAGAGUGUGUGUGUGUGUGUGUGUGUGUUCUGGACCAUACCUCCAGGUCAUUUUUGGUAAAAGUGCAGGUUAAGUGUGGAGACAAAUCGAGAAGGAUUUGAUUAAAACAGACGGAAGUUACAGGGCUGAGUUCAAAUCCAAGCUGGAACACGACGCAUGCAUUUUAACUCCCCCUUUCUCCCUCUUUCUCUCUCUCUCUCUCUCUCUCUCCCUCUCUCUCCCUCCUGUACUGUGGUACAUCGCGCUGCUGGACUCCUCUUGCAGUUAAACGAGCGCAUCACACUUUCUUCACGUUGUCUCUCUGGUGAUUCCUGCACAACUUUUUUUCCGCUCCCACACUCGGAAUAUUCCACUGGAGAUUUUUCUUCUGGAAAAUGACCUGAGAGCAUGUGUUAAUGCAUUAAUCAGCGGCUCUGCUGUGGGCGGCUGAUCUCCAGCGCCGUGCGCAACCAGAGCAGGUGGAUGGAGAGAAGAGGAGGAGAUGAAGAGGAGAGGAGACGAGGAGAGGCUGGAGGGACGCAGCUUCCCAGCAGCUCCGCUGCGCAGCGGCCGGACAAACUGAUCUCUGCCGAAAGAUUGGCUCAAAAGAGCGUCAACCUGAGAGGAGGGUAAAGGUUUUUCUUUUUAAAUGAUCUGUGCUUCAUCCGAGAACUGAUUUUUCUGACCUCAGUUGUCCCCAAAACUGGAUCCCAAAGACCACCAAGUCCUAAAUCCACAUCAGUUCUCCAGAUCCAUCCAUCCACCCUGCACCUCCUCUAUGAACACGUCUUUACACCGAACUCCUGAAUAGUUUCAAGUAGAACUCUCUGAUUACCCAGAAACCCUUUUGGAACCAUGGCUCUGGACCCAUGGCCCUUUCUCUCCACUCCCCCAAACACCUCUAUCCCAGAGCCGCUCCUGUACGACAGCUUCCUGCCGGGGAACGAGUCCGACCUGGACCUGAACAUCUCUGGUACCAGGGAGCCCCACCAGGACAGGACCAGCUCAGUGGUCAUCACUUUCAUCUACUUCAUGGUGUGCGCCGUGGGGCUCUGUGGCAACACGCUGGUCAUCUACGUCAUCCUGCGCUACGCCAAGAUGAAGACAGUCACCAACAUCUACAUCCUCAACCUGGCAGUGGCCGACGUUCUGUGCAUGAUGAGCCUGCCCUUCGUCGCCCUGCAGCUGGCGCUGGUGCGCUGGCCGUUCGGGGAGGCCCUGUGCAGAGUGAUCAUGACCGUAGACUCUCUCAAUCAGUUCACCAGCAUCUUCUGUCUGAUGCUCAUGAGCAUCGAUCGCUACCUGGCGGUGGUCCACCCUAUUAAAUCCACCAAGUGGCGAAAGCCCCGUGUUGCCAAGUUAAUUAACCUGAUGGUCUGGGGUGUGUCGCUGUUAGUCAUCCUGCCCACUAUGAUCUUCAGCGGCCUGAACAAGGUGCCGGUGUGUGGCAUUUUGUGGCCCGAACCGCAGGAUGUCUACUACAAAGCCUUCAUCUUCUACACCUUCAGCGUUGGGUUCUUUCUGCCCCUGGUGGUCAUCUGUAUGUGUUACCUGCUCAUUAUAGUCAAGGUGAAGUCCUCUGGCAUGAGAGUGGGCUCCACCAAACGCAAGCGGUCUGAACGGAAGGUGACCCGGAUGGUGUCCAUCGUGGUGGCCGUGUUCGUGCUCUGCUGGCUCCCGUUCUACAUCUUCAACGUCACCUCGGUCACCAGCUUCAUCCACCCCACCUCUGCCAUCAAGAGCACCUUUGACUUUGUGGUGGUCCUGGGCUACGCUAACAGCUGCGCUAACCCCAUCCUGUACGCCUUCCUGUCAGAAAACUUCAAAAAGAGCUUUCAGAAUGUUCUCUGCCUGAAGAAGGUGGCGGGCCUGGACGAGAUUGAGCGCAGUGACAGCAGAGCGGACAGGAGCAGGAUGAUGGUGAACGACGCCAUCAUCAGCAGCGCCAACCUGGAGACUCACAACACCGCGUUGCUCAACAGUGAGCUGCAGACGAGCAUCUGAAGCAGGGGGCGGAGGGACCUGAGGUGGGCUGGUGAGGUGAAGGUGAUGUAACAGUUCCUGCUCAUGACACUGAGUUCAGGCCAAACACUUUCUAGAUGGGUUUUUAAAGUUCUGGAGAAGGUCGCUGAGCUCGGCUCUAAAGUCGAGGUAAAUUAGGCUGAGCCGAGGCGACAGCUCUUUAAACCCAAAUGGUUUUUCAACAUUUGACCCCACACAUGCAGAAACACAACUCAAAUAUGGCCAAGUAAACGUUGAGUCGCUGGUCAGGUCAAAAACAAGACCUUGGAUUAAAGCACAAGUGACUUUGGAUGUUCUGUUUAUCGGUUCUGCUCCAGAUUCAUGUACCUACAACUUUCUUUGACUGAAUUAUCCAGAACCUGGGCAGGUUUUACCUCCUCGACUUCUUUGAAUGUUGAACCGUUUCUCAAGGUGGCUUUCCACCAUGUUAAAAUCAGAAAUAAAAAACCCCAUCAAUCUGUGCUGAAGACGAACACUUUCAUCUUUUAGUCAAACCAGCUAGUCUAAUAUGAGCAAAAAGAAGGACGUCAAACCUCUCCACACACAUUUCACUGUCCACAGACUAAAGAUGUUUGAGUCCCUGGACGCCUGUCUGGAUGCAGUUACAUUGAUUUGUAAGUGCUUGACUUAAACAUCGUGGAUUAUUGAUUGAGUUGAAGGAUGGAGGAAACAUCCCCAGAGUUAUUCUGACAUUGCUCUGUUCAGAAAAGCAUGACCUUGUAAAUAGAAAAUGUUUUGAUUUCAAACCCAUGGGGACUUUUUUUUGUUUUGUGUUUUUGUUAGGAUCAGACUGUGUAGAAUUUCCUGCUGUAAAUGAUGCACCAAGAACAGCUCCAUGGACCCAUCAUGGCUGCAUCCUCGUUUGUGUUACAUGUAAGAUAUUCAAUUUACUCUCUGUAAAUUUAAAAGUCAUUUUCCCCAGGAGUUUACCAGUGACAACACCGUUAUGUCUAAUCUUGACCACGAACUGGUCACAAAAGAAAACGUAUCACCCGACGUGGUCUAAACAAACAGAAGCGGUCCAAACCAUGGGCCAUGUUGUAAAUGUGGGCCACUUCAGGUUCAGAUGCAUAUUACCUGGGCCAGAUGCUAAAAGUGUAAUAUGCCAUGUCAAAAAGUGUGACAUCACUUCCUUAACUCUUAACUACUGACAAUGAACCUUCAAACACACUCAGGUGGAGUCCACUUUCAGGUCCACUCUGCACAGCCGUGUGUCCUAUGUCCAGGUGCUGGCUAGGUCACCUGCUAUGUCAGUAUAUGUUAGCAAAUGUGCCAAGGAAUCAGAAAAUAUACCCAAAAACUGCAGAUGAAAAGAAGAGAAUUAAGAUUCACGGAGUGACACAGGUAUUUUUCAGCAUUUGAAGUCUGCAGGUCUUUGGUAGUAACUGAUGAAAAUGGCUGUUUCUCUCUGAAGCUCAAAUCUGAUCUCCAGACACCAAACAGCAGUGUGUGUUCUGGGGGGAAAUUACAUGAAGAUGAAAUAUUCAGUUUGGUUUAUUUUAACUCAAUGAAACACAAAAUUCAAAGUAUGCCCAGUCUGCCACAUCUACAAACACCUUAUUAAAGACAGUUAUUCAGACAAUUUGGCAGCGACAGUCCAGUGUUAGCUUAAAGGCAUUGUCCAAAACCAUAAACAAUGCAGUAAACACGUAGUAAAACAAACCAGAAACUACAACCAGAAAAAACAUAUUGCACGACAAAGGCUGGGAACAACAACUGCAAAACCACUGUAGCUCAGUAGCGCCAUCUUCAAAUAAAUGUCUCAACUGAAGUAGAUUUUUUCACCAACAUAAAUUUACAUCACAGUUUAAGAAUACAUUGUUAACGUCACAAGAGUGUUUUUUUUAAAAUAUAUAGGCUUGUUUUUUUGUUUUUUUGGGGGUUAGCUAAAUGCUUGUAGGUUAAGCUAAGUUAAAUAGACUACAUCCUUCAUAGUUAGCGUCCUGUUUCAGGAGCUCACCAUCAACAACAACAGUAGGUUGUUUAUCUCUAGAAUGCAGUUGUUAAUCUAAGGACAAAAAAUAAAUAAAAACUUGUCGUUUAUCGUC